AUGGUCAUUGACGAGCGACCGGCCAAGAAGAAGUCGUCGCUCAAGGGCCGUCGCAAGUCGCAAGGAUACGACAAUCCGAGCUCCUCAGCUGAAGACGAGGAAGUGGACGAGACGUUUGUCGCGCUCCAGAACCUCCUGGACGCGCUCAAUCGCUCGAACCGCAGCAGUAGCAUCAGCAGUAGCAGCAGCAAUGCGAGCUUUACCGGCAGUAGUACCGUCCCUAUAGGACCGACUAGCGCUACCGAAAGCGCUAGUCAGCAGCGCAUGUCGCGCGAAGAGAUGCUCGAGAGUCGACGCCAGGAGCGCGACCGUUUCCGUCGCUCGCUCUUUACAAAGAGCAACACGAGCAGCGUCUACAAUUCGUGUCGUCGACGGACGUGUCCAGCUUAUUAUUACUCGGAAGAAGAAGAAGAAGAAGAGGUGCAAGAGCCUUCAGUCGAGAGCACGAUCUCCAAUCGGUUCAUGAAUGGAUCGUUUUCCACGCUGAACGUGCACGUGAUUUCACGCAGCAGAUGGUCCGCUGAGGACCGCGUGGUUGAGCGGCUGCCAAUUGUGAUGCUGCCUAAGAGCGGCCAGUUUUCUAUUCCGACCGAUAACAAGAAGAUUGGCGUGGUGCACACCGACGAGUACAUUGACUUGCGCGACAAGUUGGUCGCGAGUUUGCCGCCGGGCGCGUCGCUCUUGCAUUACCUCACGCCGCCACGCUCGACGUGGUACAUGCACAUGCACAACUUCGAAGCGCUCAAGUGCUGA